AUGGAUUUUGAGCUCAUCAUUAAAUUGAUGCAUGAUGAAAGCAUUAUCAGUCAAGAAACUUACGACGAUAUUUAUAAUUGUGACAUUGGAUCUACACGUGGUACUUUCCAAAUGUCUUAUGGCGAACUUAGAGGAACAUUUGCGCCCGGGCCUUCAACUGUUGUUUCGGAUAUGGAAAAGCAAAAUGGAGAGAUAUUGGGACCACUCGAAAUUGAUGUCUCAGAAAUGACCGCUACCACAUACGGUUAUGACCCAAAAAAAUUACAACGGGAAAAUGCUGAUUCAUUACGUCACAGAAUGGCGUUAAGUGAUGGAGCAGUAAUAACGAUGUGUAAUUCUUCGGAAGCAACAUUGAGGUCAAUUACAACAUCAAGAAGUGUUACUGAUGGUUCGUGUAAUGUUUUUCCAGCUCAAUUAAGUCUCAAAAAUAAGGCAAAACCGGAUAAUAUAUAUCAAUUAAUGACAGUUGAUGAUCAAAGAACAUCAAGGUCGAGAGUGCCAUAUCAAACAAUAAGUGAAAGAACACUACCGAAGGGUCGUUCGGUCAGUGUAACAACAUUUGAAAAUGUACAUGAUUUCAAUACCGGUAAUUCUGGUAAUACAAUCGCAGCUGCGGCGAUGUCUCUGAAACAGUUCGCAUCACAACUUCGCUCACCACGAUUUUUUGAACCUGUCACAAAUUUGAAAUGCUUUGUACCAUAUACACCACCACCCAUGCUAAGUCCAAUGAGACGAGGCUCAGGAUUAUUUUGGAAAAUUUCACAGACUCCUCCAUCAAAGAUCAGUAUGAUGCAAUCAUCACAAGGAAAUAAUAAUUUUGACAAAACGGGAGCUAGCGAGAAUCAUCACGAAAAUAAAACAGACGAGGAACCAAUGGGAAAACGUUUACGACGUUGCAUUACGUCAACAUUGCAACCGGUUAAAGAAAGUUCUGCAGAUGAGGAGGAGCAGGGAAUGCGAAUGCCAAUGCGAAAGAAUGGAUUAUGUUAUUCAUCUCAAUUUUUCGAUACCAAAUUACUACACUUGGAAGCCAUACGAAAAAAAUCGGAUAUUUCCUGGAAUAGUUCCAGCUCAUCGGGUAUCCUUUCUGGUACAGCAAAUUUAUCCUCUCCUAGGAAAUUAUCGGUUUCAUUGGAUGGUGAAGCUCUAAGAAAGGCAUCAUCAUGCUCCGAUUUCGGUGAAGAAAUUUUCAUCGCUCCAGAAUCAGAUGCUGUGCCGCACAUAAACUGUGGACGUGAUUAUCAAGUAAAGGUGAAAAAAUGGGCUGAUCGAGCCAUAAGCGAUGAGGAACGUGAUGCUAUACCUGAUCGCGAUGAUGCCAUCUUCGAUUGUAAUAUCAUUGAUCAUCUGGACGAUUCUGCUGUUGAGGCCUAUGAAUUGUUAGCUUAUAGCAAAGCGGUACCACGGCCAGGUAGGAACAGAGAAUUGGCACUACAUUUGCUAAUGGAAAAUAAGGGGAAUAUUCAAGAAGCUGUUUUGGAUUUAAUGCGAUCAGAUACGCUGGACUGGAGUCAAUAUCCAAUCAUCUAUAAUUCAAUAUAUACUGAUACAAGUUCUUGGACGCCGGAGGACAUCAGUUUCUUCCAAGAUGCCAUCUAUAAAGGCGAAAAAGAUUUCCAUCAAGUAGCAUUAGAUCUGGGUAACAAAACAGUGAAGCAGUGCGUGGAAUUUUAUUACAUGUGGAAGAAAGCAUGCCCAGACGACUAUCGAAAACUAAGAAAUUUGCGACGUAAACGUCAGUUGCUGGAAAUGCAACAACAGCUUGAUUUAAUGGAAAGUUAUAAUCUGAGGUCGAACAAUCGACCAGUCGAAAGUAGCGAAUUGUCAGGUUCAGAAGAAGGAAGUGAACUGUCUGCUAUUUCACAUGAAACAGAUAAACUAAAAAGUGGAAAUCCGGAGAGGAAUACAGGCUGCUCGCAAAUAGCACGGAAGUACUCAAUGGCAAGAUUUAGGGAACUACCACACUCAAGCGCUUCAUCGUCAACGGUUGUCGGAAAUGAUACUAUAUCUCGACCUUUUGCCCAGUUGCAUCGACCACCAGUUAAAAAAGGUGCCCAACCGGCAGCUGAUGGCUUUUUUCAUUGCCGUCUGUGUGAUAAAUAUUUCGAGAAGGUAAAAAGUUUGAAUGCCCAUAUGAAAUCACAUGCAAUGAAAGCACGAGCUGAAGCUGAAGCAGCACAGUCACAGCUCAAUUUGCAACAUCAUGACAAUAAUAUUAAAACAACUAAUGCUAGUAAUAUUAUCGAGAAAACGAUAUCAGCAAAAAGCUCCCCAAUGACUGAUUCAUUAUCUUUUGUUCAUCAUCAUCAUCACCAUCAUCAUCAGAAGGAGCAACAGCAAAGCUCGUUGAAUGCUGAUCCACUGAAAGCUAACGUCGAGAGACCAACCAUACAAGUCACCAAUAAUUUUGCUACCGCUGUUUCAACUACAGCAGCUAUUGCCAUUUCUGAACAGCAUCCACUCAGUUCAGUUAUCGGAAAAUCAGGAAGUAAUGGAAGACUUGGUCAGGAUCUUUUUGUGCAAACACCUCUAACGCAGGAACAUCAAUUCACCCAGAAUACUUUGAUGUCCGGUUCGUUGGGUUUAGCUGCUCAUCAAGCUCUCAAUCAAUCUCUUACUGCUGCCAGUGUUCUCAAUCAGUUUCCACAAGCACAGGCUCUGCAAUUCUUGAAUAAUUUACAAAAUCCAGCCAUUACUCAUUGA